GUUUCCCAAGCAAGGAGUUUUCUACGAUCUAGAAUUGUCAAAUAUUUAUCACGAUUCGUGUAAUUGGCGCACACGAUUGCAAGUACAUGUACCACCGAGACUUUAUAUAUUUUCUAUCUGUACGCAGAUCAAAUCUCAAGCGUGGAAAAAGCAUUUCGUAAUAACUGAACGAAGACGGAUUGUCGUCUGCACGAAAACUGAAUCAAGAGGCACGCCAUGCACCCGUCCUUGAGUCGUCUGCUAUCUAAGCUGUGUACCGUGCGCGUGGCCACAACGUGCUGUUAUCUGUCCAUAUCCCCGAGACUCAAUAGUAUAAAUACAAGGUCAGGUGGAGCAUUAUCACGCUAUAUCACAACUAUGUCGAAGCCCAAGGUUUACAUUACCCGACGUGUGCCAGAGGUAGGCCCAAGGCUUCUGGGAGAGUCAUGUGACGUCACCCAAUGGAACAAGGACGAUCCUGUCCCUCGUGCUGAGUUACUGAAGCAGGUUGUUGGCAAAGAUGCUCUAUUCUGUCUCCUCACUGAGAAAAUUGAUGAUGAAGUGUUGGAUGCUGCAGGCCCCAAACUAAAGGUAGUGGCCACGAUGUCUGUGGGGUACGAUCAUGUGGAUGUGGAAGCAUGUAAAAAGCGGAACAUCUCUGUGGGCUUCACUGCAGGGGUCCUGACCAAUGCCACAGCGGAACUGACCGUCACUCUGCUCCUGGCGACCUCCAGGAGGCUCAGAGAAGGCAUCCGUGCAGUGGAGAACGGUACCUGGGGCACCUGGAAACCGCUGUGGUUGUGUGGGCCGGGCCUUGAUGGCGCCACUGUUGGUAUUGUCGGCUUCGGGAGGAUAGGGUUUGCUGUGGCGAAGCGUCUAGUACCGUUUGGAAUUGAAAAAAUCCUGUAUUCCGAUGCAAUCCGAAACCCUGCUGAAGGUGAGGUUGGUGCAGAGUUGGCUCCCAUUGAUGAAGUUCUUUCAAGGUCGGACUAUAUCAUUGCCUGUUGUGCGCUCACUCCUGAAACCAAGGGUAUGUUUAACAAAUCUGCCUUCUCGAAGAUGAAGAAGAAUGCAAUAUUUAUCAACACUAGCCGUGGUGGAGUCGUGAACCAGGAGGAUCUCUAUGAAGCUCUGAAGUCACGCACAAUUUUAGCAGCCGGACUAGAUGUAACCGUUCCAGAACCGCUGCCAACUGACAGCCCGCUUCUCUCGCUGGACAACUGUACGGUGCUGCCACAUAUUGGCAGUGCCACAGACAAGUCUCGCGCUGGCAUGUCCGAGCUCACGGCAAGGAACAUCCUCACUGGUCUGAAGGGCGAGCCAAUGCCCUGUCAAGUGAAAUAAUUGACAUUUGUUUUCAGGAUCGAAGUAUGGUCUAUGUAGUAAAGCACUGCCUUGCCAAUUUCAAACUUCAGAAUGUAGUCAAGGGUUCCGUGUAGCAAUCCAAAUGUUGAAAAUAGAAGUUUUGGGAUCCCUAGAUUCAAAUACUAUAGCAGGGUAUAACAGAAACCUCAUGUACUCCCUUAAUUAGUGACACUGACACCUACCUGACAAGUGAAAUAUUUGGGUAUUUAUUUUCAGGUUCAGGUAGAAUUUGAUUUGUCUGCAUCACAACCCUGUCAAGUUCAUCUUCCUGAGGCAAGGGAGUUAACAGACUAUAAACUGGACUUCUAUAGUCCCUUGACUCAGGAAGAUGGUGUCAAGUUAGAGAAGUAGUUGCUUUGGUUUUUGUCAUCCUUGACUAUCAAAGUGUACUAUAUCUUCAUCUAAUAAUGAUACGGACCGCUGACACAUUUGCUUCCAUAACUCUGUUCAGACAAAGAUUGCACUAUCAAUCCAUAUCUUCAUUUCUCUUCAGUAACUUUCCACAUAUAAUUUAUUAUACUUAUGAGUGUAAUUUGAUUCUGUCGCUGUUCAUAUUUUUGUGUUAUUUGAGCCUGACUCUAAACAGCCGCUGUGGUCUAGUGGAAGAUUGGCGGUCCAACCCCUAGCAGCAUCAUACCGAAAGACAUUGAAAAAUGGUGCUUGUUGUUAUUGUUAUCUCACUGCCAGAUAUAUGAUUGACUGCAGUAAAAUCUUCUUCAAAUUGAUGUAAUAUUCAGAAAUAUUUCACCAAGUAGCCAUGUUGUCGGAUAUGGGGUAUAAACAUUAUAUUUACUAUUGCUUCUCAGGAAAUGGAGUUUCAAUAAAACAAGUAAACAGAAAUUCUUGAUGUAUAUAUGUAGGUUCAACCAGAAGACUACUAGUAAUAAUUCUAAUGGUGCUCCAUAUUAAAUUAAGUUCUUAUUGUAUGCAAUUAUUAUUCAUUAAGAGAUUGAGUUCUUGUGACAAAGCAUACAUGUACUAUUCCUGAAAUACAGUCAUAUUGAAACCUACUUGCAUUUUAUUAUAUACUGGUACUAUAUAUCACCAAGUUUUCCAGCUUGGGAUGGUAGGGUAUUUCAUGUAUUUUAUAGUCAAACAUUGUUGUGUCGAACUAACAGUUGUCUUGAAGUAAAAGCUGGGUCCUUG